AUGCAUGUAAAGCAGCAGCGAGGUGUUGUAAAAACCUGUUCAUCUGGAGUUUGUCACGUUUGAACAUACCUGUGUGAUCGCCUCCAAACAGGAGUAUGACAGAAAUGAUAUACGGCUGAGAUCGAAGUUGGCUCGCCUUUUUAUGGUGUAAUUAACACCCACUUGUGUUAGAUACUUAACUCGAAGUCACUUCAUCUUCGCUGUAACAUGUACAUGCACUGACAUAUUACUGUGGUGCAGCGUAGGCACGCACAGAAGAAAGGUCAGAGGAUUGACUUUGUAACCUCUCUGCAAACCAAAAACAUGCUUUUAACUCACCAGUAAACUGCAGGAGCUCACGUCCAUCAUCCUCAUAUCAGCAAAAUAAACACCUGGAUAUGAGAACAGAAACAUGUAUUUUGAUUGUCUAUUUUGACUGCAGUUCCAUGUGUUGAAGCAGGAGGGUGGGAUUCAUGAGCGAUACUGCAGUCGGUCUGUAGGGGGAGCUCUAAAUUCUUUGGCUUCACAGUCAGUAAACACUUGUGGCGUUUGAUUUAUACACCAUUUUUGGUCUGAACCACCUUGGCAUUGGUCAUAGAAUUAGGAAACACUAGAGACAUUAUGAUUUCACACAUUUGAUCAAACUGAGGGAAGGAGAAGUGAACUUCCAAAUACUAAGACUGGUUGAUAAUCUGGAGGAAAUACUCGAUACGACUCUCAGAGGCGGGUUUUAACCUCCUUGACAAACAGCUCCCGCCUCUCAGUUAUGUCAGUCAGGCCUCUGAUUUGCAGAUCUUGUAACCUUAAUAACUUUGAAACAACGUGUUACAAAAUUAUACAAAAUCAGAAGCUUCCAUGCUUCUGCAGGCAGCCUCAAGUGGACAGUCGGGGAACUGCAGGUUUUAGCACUUCGGCAUCAGCGACAUUUCUCAAGGUUGCCACCCGAUUCAUACAGAUGUGUAAUAUAUUUAUUAUUUUAUGACUGACAUGAGGUCGGUCAGAUUAGGGAUAGAAACUCCUAUUGUGAAGAAUAUUAACUCACUGUAAUGAAAAACUACAAAAAUGAAAACACCUCAGUAUUAUACGAUGGAUCUGUUGAGUCACACAUUUUACCAAAGCCAAAAAGUUGCAGUCUGUGGAUUCAGAUAUGUCACUUGUCCUGAUUUCCAUACUGGUCUGAUCAGCUGUGUGACCGUGCUGCAUGUGUUGUGGUUGAAGCAGAAACAUGUUCUGAUGCAACUUGUUACUAUGAGAUAAAAGUUUCUUAUUUGUGCAAUCAAGGAUAUUUUAAAGCACCAUUAUCACAUCAAAACUAAACACUGAAUCAAUAAAGACUAGUCAGAAAAAUAAUGUGACAUUUUCUAAAUAUGGAUUUUUUUUUCUGUAUUUGUGCAGGAAAAAGUUUUCCAGUAAAUGUUUGUGGAAAAGGGGAAAACAGUUGUUGUUACAGGCAGUUCUCAGAAACUGGUUGUUACAGGUUUAGUGAGGCAGGGAGGUCUUUAGCUCGUCACUUUGAGAGAUUAGUUCCCGUCAGUUUCCUUAUCGUUAUAUUUUUGUUUACAGUGUCAAUCAGAUGGUGAGAAAGAGGGUUCAAACUGAAGUCUUUAUUUUUUAAAAUCUGAUUGGAAAAAGCUCCAAAAGCUUCAUUUGCAUACAAUAACCACAUGUAUCUGAAAACUCCCCCAGGCCCUCCCACCUGCAUCUCCUCUUGUAUUUUGGCACAUUUGUACUUCUAUAGAGCUCAGUGUACCCGGGAGCAUCGCUACAAGGUGAUAUCGAGCUAACUUGUACAGACACAAGAUGUUUUUAAAUAUGAAAGUAGCUUCUGUACAUCAGCGCUGUUAACCGAAAUCUGAAACUUUCCAAACAGCUGUGUGACUCGUUUUUAUGUGUUUCUGCCUUGACAUUGUUAUAAUAGUAAUAAUAAUAAUAAUAACUUUAUUUACAUAGCACUUUUAAAUACAAGAGUUUACAAAGGGCUUAAACGUGCAGGAAAAAAACAAAGAAAGAUAAAAACAGCAGGACAACAACAAGAGAAGACUUAGAGGGGAAAGAGCCGAGACACCCAGACUACAUGUUCUAAUGAGACAUUAUUGGCAAUCAAAUCAAUAAAAAAAAAAUGAUAAAAUAAAUAAAAUUAAAAUUAAAAAAUUAAAUUAAAAAUUAGAAUUAAAAAAUGAAAUAUAAUAGAAUGAAAUAAAAAUAAAAUUAAAUAAAUAAAAUUAAAAAAUGAAAUGAAAUAAAAUUAAAUAAUAAAAUGAAUAAAAAUUUAAAUAAAAUUAAAAAAGAAAUAAAAUAUGUUAAUAAAAUGAAUAAAAAAAAUUAAAUAAAAAUCAGUGGAAGACAUAAAAGCUUUGAUGAGUGUCACAUGAGCUGAGAUGUCUUAAAAUAAAGACAUCAUAAGAACCUGUGAUACCCGGCAAACAGGAACCCAACCACAAAAACCUGAGACCAAGGGGGCUAUCAAAAAAAAAAUAAUAAUAAUUAUCAAGAGGUUUUAAAACAUGAAUAAGAAGAGUAAAAGGUAUUAAAGAAUACAAAAAUCAUUUAAUGUCUAUUGUGUGUUAGACUGAAUUAUAAAAAAUCUCUGCUCCUGCUCGUAUUUAUCAUCCGUGUCUCCGGCUCCCUCAGAGGCAAAUCUUUUUAAGACAACAAUAAGGUCUAUGGGAGCUGAGGCUGUUUUUUAACUUUGUAUACAGACAUUAAAGCUGUUCGGGUUUGAUGAAUCACAUAAUUGAUGAUUUCAACAGCUGAAACCCUGAAACCCGUGUCUUUCUUUAACCCGCAGAUCUCCCACAGUCCUUUGAUAUCGGGGCUCGGGGUCGGGCCCAGGGGGAGCCGCCACCAUUGCGUCCAACGAGUGGAGCGCCAACGGAAGCCCAGAGGAUGGGCUGGACGGGGACAACGAGGACAAGACCCUGGACGGGGACGCCGAGGGGGUGUGGAGCCCGGAUAUCGAGCAGAGCUUCCAGGAGGCCCUCGCCAUCUACCCUCCCUGUGGCAGGAGGAAAAUCAUCCUGUCAGACGAGGGGAAGAUGUAUGGUGAGUCGGCUGGAGAGGAGCCAGAAAAACAAAAGAACGACAAUUACAUGGAAAUCAGUCCAGUAAUGAAUGCGCAAGAAUGAAAACCCAGCUGUACCGCAGAGGUUUGUGGUGAAAGAAGAGAACAAACAUCCACCAAAGUGUCUGAAAAGAGAAACACCAUGAAGGCGCUGCUCUCUGUUGUGUUUGUGUCAAAGUUUUGACACGGAGGUGAAUGUUUUCUCUUCACACUGAGCUCUUCGACAUGUCUCUACCUGUCUUCCUCUGACCCAGGGGCAGGUUCUUCCAGUCUCACCAGCGCUCUCAGAGCUGUUAUUGCGUCCUCAGAGCAUCUCCUCUUGAUUUACACCUGUCUUUUCUUUACAGCCGCUGCUUUAUGGCCUCUUCCUCACUCCACUCUCUGCCUUUGUGUUUUUUUUUUAUCUGUCAUGCGCUUGUUUCUCCACACACCGGUUCUGCUGGAGAGUUUUGCCCGCAGGUAACCGGUUUGGGCCGGUUUCUGUAAAAGUCUUGCGUUUGAUGCUGAAGGUUUGGUUGAAUUAGCGAUAAUUAGCACAGCAGGAUUUCAGCGAGACUCAGGAACAAAAACAUCACGCUGGCACGAGAAAGAUUUUAUACAUCCAUAUGGUUCUGGAGGAGUAAUGCUGUUUCCUGCAGCGCCUUCAUUAAAGUCCAGGUGUUGAGCCCUCGACGCCCUGAAAAACUCCAGAUGGAUAUGUUGGCAAGUUGUUUGGCAGAAUCGGUCACAUCCAGGUGGAGGAAAUUUCACACAUUUGUUUGAAAUUACUUUGAACCCACUUUCCUAUUCUUGUUGUUGAGACCGUGCACGCUCUCAUCAGUACAUGUAGCAUGCAAAGUCGGAGUUUGAGCUUCGCAGCAGUAAAUGUUGAUUGACAGGAACUGGAGCUGCUUUCUUCACUGUUGUCCUCACCAAACCUCCUCUGGGUUUUUAUGAAAUUAUGUUAUUUUCACCAUUGUAACUGGGCUCCCUCGGGCCGUGCUCUGUGAGACUUUCCUUCCCUUUAAUUAUUGUCCAUCAAGUCUGAAAAACUUGAAAUUGAUUCCAGCUUCAGAGCGACCUCAGAGAGCAUCAAUCACUGCCACUACAGUCUCAGACAGACUGUGUGUUUUUCAGGCAUUAGUGUUUGUUUUCAAAAGUCCUGUUUUUUGGGUGGCUUUUUUUAUGGCUUGACGUCAGAUCGGAUUCUUUUGGCGUGAUUCAGCCGAGAUGGAAUCUCAUCCUCUCAUUCGUCAGGCAGAUUUGGAUAUUCAAGGAGAAGCACAUACCUGAGAUAUCUCAGCUGCUGUUGCAGCUCCUGUUUUAGUCUGAUCCUGACUUAAGGAGUGUAAACAUUGUGAAAAGGGCAAGUAGUAGUUCUGUUUCCUGCAUUAGUCAUACAUCAUUAAAGGGACGAGCUGAUUUCAUCUUUCUGUUGCUGUUUUUUCCUCAUUUAGUCAGUUGGUCUUUGAUUUGGGGGAUUUUUGGACUGUUUGUGAGACUAAACAGGACGGUUUAAAGCAUAACUUUGGCCUGUAGGAUCUCUGGGAGAGGUAGACUGUAGGGCUGCACGAUUUACCGAUUUUAAAUCAUAAUCGGAUUAUUUGAUUUUGACGAUGUUAACAGAUUUUCUUUAUCAUGUCUCGUGCCUCCAGGCCACCGUAGGCUCCCCCUUCCUCCCCAGUUCCCACUCACACCAGUGUAAACAAACAUGGCGUUUGCAAAAGAAGGCGAUAAUUUCGUGGUUAAAUAGGACAAGAGCGAGUCAGUCGUGUUGAAUUGGUACGACUUCACAGUUUCAGAUGAAGAGUAAACCACUCCCCGCUGCAAAGUCUGUCUAAAGGCGGUAUCAACCCGUCACCACGGAAACGAAUUCAGGAGGAAACGCAAAAGUUUUUUGUUGUAUCAGCGUUUCAUCCAGCUGGAGACGGCGUUUCAGGUUCAGAGAGUGUAUAAAUCCGUGAACGACGACCAUUUCAUCUCUGUGUGGAUGUUUAUCUGCAUCUCUGCAACUCUUUGAUGGCGUCUGAGCGUGUCCGACCAAAACAACAUUUAUACACAUGCUCUGUACUCUUCUUCGGUUAUUUGUGCAUUUCCUGUGGAGCGUUACAGCGCCACUUACUGGCUCGGCAUAUGCACUACAUCGUUUUCAGAGGUUUAGUUUUGAGAGACAAUAAAAAAACUUUUUAUUAUUAAAGUGAAGUUUGGUGAAGUUGACACUGAAAAAAAAAUAAAAAAUCGAGUUUUCAGAGAAGAAAAUCUGGGUGUUAUUUUUAGCGAAAAUCGUGCAGCCCAAGUAAACUGAUUUUUUUGGUCGUUUUUGCAGUGAUCGGUAAAAAGCUAAUGUGUCCUAUUAAAAGCAUUUAUUGACACAGACACUGGGGGCAGUCUUGUCAGUGUUGAUGCUGCUGAGUAAUGUUGGGAAGGUGGUGCAGUACGGUGCGAUACAAUACGAUGUAAUACUCUUUAUUUGGUGUGUGGUUGUGGCUGAAUUGCACCUGCUCAGAUAAGAGAGGUUUUCAAUCUUCAAAAUGACCACUAGAUAUUGUUCCUUUAAAAUGAUAAUUAACUGAUUAAGCGUUAAUUCCUCGAAGCCUUAUGGCAGAAAAGUCGGACACAGACUUCGACCUGUCGUUCCGUUUUCUGCUCACAGUCGGCCUUUUUGUUCCAGCUCCAUAAAUUACUGCGGUUAUUUGCCUUAAAGUAAAUUUGUCCCUUAAUUUCCAGAAUUAGACGCCUAAUUUAUGACAUGCUCUAAUUUGUGUACAGACCGUUGGCUCCCGGCUCUGCAGGCAUCUCUAAAUUUACCUAAAUAACCCCUCAGUCCUCUUUAGCGGGGCAGUGUUGUGUCCUCAGUUCUGUACAUUUAUCAUGAGAACGUCAACAAAGAGGCCAGCCGUGCACAGACCUGCCCCCUUAGCAGCAAACUGUCAGGACCCCUUUUAGAGGCCUGUUUUUUUCUAGGGCACUAAACACCCUCUCCAUUUACAAUAAGUCAUCUGAGGCUCUGCUGGCACAGCCAAGGCAUGCCCCAGAAGAAGCCCUCUCACAAGGUGAUUACCUCAGACAUCUAAAAGCUGCCCUGACGUGAGCCCAGGGGAAUGUUAACGAUUGCGCGCUCUAUGUAAUACUGUCUACCUUGCAGUCUCAGACUCCAAGUGGCCUCCAAAAGCGAAGCAAGUCAUCCCUCCCAUUGGGAAUUCCACUUUUGCUGCCAGGAUUUUUUUUUCCGUAUGGUGGGAAAUCUUUGCAAAUUUCCAUUGCCUUAGCAAGAUGACGGAUUUCACAUGAGUUUUCUUUGCCCUGCAAACCUGUCUAGACUCCACGGUAGCACUGCCAAACAUUAAUGUAGCUCAGGGGUGACAAAGAGUUCAGAGGAACAUCAUAGUCAAUUUUCAGUAAGGCACAUGUGUUAAUUAUUACUGGAAAUUAUUCAUCAUUUUAACCGCCUUAAAUAACGCUUUUCUGUAGGUGUGGAUACAGUUAGAAUAUUUCAGAAACUGUGAAACCUUCAGUUAUAAAACAUUUUCAUUGAGAUUUCUGAUUUUAGCUGUUCUCAACAAACAUUAACAGGACAUGUCAACGUAUGUUGGUCCAAUAAAUCAUCAACUUCUUACUGUCUUCACACACCAAGCGCGAGUAAAAUCAUUCGCGCGAAUGAAUUACAUGUUAAGUCAAUGCAAAGACGCGAUUAGGGGCAAAUAACGCAAAUUGGGUGUGAGUUGAAAACGUCUCAACUUGAGCCGAUAUUCGCACCGAUAACCAAUCAGCACAAAGGUUGCUGGAUGACAUAGGAAAAAAACGGACGGUUGUUCAGUGGUAUCUAAAAUGGAGGACAAACUGAUCGUGUCGAUUAUAUGAAACCUUUUCUUUCAAUUACCGAAACCGUAAUAAAAGGAGCUCACCUGGAGGCAGGUGAGUUAGGAGGUCAGAUUACCUGGUUAAUCGUCUAUCUUGAUCCCGUCGGUUGAAUUGGCAGGGAUAACCGUUGACAUUACCAUUGAAGCGAGUAAAUACUAUUCAUUCAGGCGUCUAGAUUCGCGCGAAUUAAGCGAGUAGAUGAUUUUACUUGCGCUUGGUGUGAGCGCCCAAUAAGAAAUGUAGAGCCAGUCCUGAUGCUGCCUGUGGUCAAACUGGUAUAUGACCACCUAACCAGAGCAAUAACAAGCACUUUUAGGUUCAGCACCAAACUGAAGGCCGGUGGUGCUAGCUCUGCUAUCGGUAGCCACAUUCAUCAAACCUCAGAUUAGCCGUUAUACAAAUCAAAUGUUCUCAAUUCUGAUUACUCUCUAAAUGCCUCAUUUUACUUUUAAACUAACCAAUUACUCCUAUGUGGGGCGGAGUCGUGGUAAAAUUUGGAGGGUUUUUUGGGUUGAGUGUUUUUCAGGCGCUUCUAACUCAGUCAGUCUACGCUACUCAAAUUUGAGACUUCUGUACAAAACCCAGAACAUUUUCAGGAUUUUAUAAACUCCCCUGACAGGCCGGACAGCCCCCCAAAAAAGAGGACAUGUCCGUAUGGUCACCCUGCUGAAGUUAGUAGCUUAGAAACAUCUCUAAUAGAACGUUACACCAACACCGACCUCUGUCUUUUUUUUCCUCAACCCGCUGAAAACGUCUCCGCUGAGUUUUACAAUUAUCAACAGUUAAUGAGGUUUAGAGCUGCCAGAGGAGGAACAAACCAGCUCUUCACCCCUCUUCAAAGUAUUUGCAGUGAUUUAUGUCCUCAUGCAGAGUUAUAUUUAGCAGACAAACACUAGACUGAUAUCAAUCUUCUCUUUUGCUCGAAGCAAAACAACAAAUUUGCCUAUUUCAGAGAGUGAUACACACCCACCGUUUGAGUGAGCAGGUGAUCAUCUCGGGGGGUUUAAGCAGCUCUAUAAAGUGAAAAAUAAAAACUAUCCAAGUCCAGUACUGCAUGUGAGGGACACAGCAGCUGUCCUUUACAGAAUUAAAUUGUUCAUAGUUGGCACAUUUCACAGCUAAAGUUCAGAGGAAGUAUUUUCUGAAGAUGCGUAUGUGCCAAAAAAAUGUUGCCUGUCUUGUUUUGCUUUGGGGCUGUACUGACAUGUUGUUCCCCUGCGUUUUCUGGCCUAGACAGGUAUGUCAGAGCCCGAGCACACACCUCUCUCUCUCUCUCUCUCUCUUAGCCCUGCAGCUGUCAUGACUGCAAAGCACUCUGGGUAGACAAAAAAGAAAGAUUUCAGCGCUCGAGGGGAGGCUUAUGUCUGCCGUGACCUUUGAAGGCCACAUUAGAAAUUAACGUCGGGUUCAGUGCAUGUGCAAAGUAGUGAGGAUAGACUUGUGUCGAGUUAGAAGAGAUGUGAGUGUGUGCAUGUGUGCAUGUGUGUGUGUGUGUGUGUGUGUGUGUUGGAGGGGGGUGAGGUUGAGCGCUCUGUAAUGAUGACUGAGCAGGCCUUCCCUGUCAGCCCCCUCACUGAGAUGUUAGGAAUGUUUUCAGUCAUGGCUGAGCAGUAUGUUAGCAAUUUAGGAUUACCUCAAUGUUAUGAGAAGGGAGGAGGGGAGAGAAUAUGGGUGGAGAAAGGGUUCAGGAGAGCAAAAAAAGGAGGAGGAGGAGGGCGGGUGGAGAUAUACAGGGAGUGAAAAGAGAUUACCUUUUUGCUCGCUAUCUUAGCAUGGAAGUGGAAAAUUCCAGCGGUCAUGUAGUAAAAGAAAAAGAUGGGCGUGUUCAGUCGGAGAGGUUAAGAAUGGCAGCCUGCAGCGAUCUGAGUGGGUGUUGAGCAAUCAGCGAGGGAAUCAUGAGCAGCGAACAGAGAGAGGGUAGAGAGAGACGGGAAGACAGCGGCCAGGGUUGAGAAAUUACAAGCAGAGGACAGAUGAGGCUGUGCAUGCGUGCGAUCGUACAGCUGUGUUUUUGCGUGUGUUUGCGCGCACCUGUCGUGUUCCCCGCCGUGCGGACCAGCAGUUGCGAUCUGACCUUUACUGUGCCAAGUCUGAGCGGAGCUAGGCUGCUGCGGGGGGCAGCUGGCAAUGACAUUACAGAGAUCAUGGCCUCCGCUCGAGUGAGAGGAAGAAAUGCGUCCCAGAAUGAAAGACCGAUUUAACUCUGAUCUUCCCGGUGGAGUUCAUGAAAAUGUUAUAUAUCAUGAUUUAUCUGUUCAAAAUGCCGACAAGGUAGUUAUUCAGGUUUGGGCUGUUAUUAGGGGAAAAAAGCUGCAGCCUCCAGUGUUGAAAAAAUGAAACCAAUGCAAAAGUGCAAAAACAUAACUGCAGUUCAUCAAAUGUCCACUAGAGGCUGGAUCUAAAAGUGCAGGAACUCUCAUUUGUACUCAUGUAAAAAAGCUGAUUUUUUACAACAAAGUUUAACGUGUUUACGAAGUGGAACAAAAAAAAACCUGUUAGAUAGUUUGAUUAUUUAUUCGUACACACUGAUUUUUAUGUGACUUAUCUCUUUAAAGAUAUUUAAAAGUUUUAGAAGAUAAGGAAUCUUAAGGUUAGGGCUGGGCGAUAUGGCCUAUAUUAAGAUAUAUUGAUCAGUUCACCUCGAUAACGAUAAAUGGACGAUAACUACUCCACAAGCUGCUCACCCCCUCCCACAUGAACUUCGUCUACUUCAGCCACUACAACUUUUGAACCGUCCUCCAUCUCUUCACGUCACGUCUCUGAUGUAGGACAGCGUCUUAAAGGGACAUGAGACCACAGCCUACUGACACACAUCCAAAAACAACUUUGAUUUAUUGAUUUAUUUUGACACCAAAUGUACCGACAUGAGCAAAAUGAAGUUGGUUAUUGCCAUAAAUUUUCGGUUUAUCGCCCAGCCCUACUGAAGGUCCACCUCAGCUCUGUCCUGUGCUUGUUUCCAACACGAGGACAGACCUCUGCUUUCAAACCCUCUUCAAAGGACACUGCUGUGAUUUUUCUGUGAUCAGAACCGACUGUUUUAGCGCUGUGAAGAAAAACUGUUUUUCGUUAGUUUGUGAGGAUAUUGUUGUUGUUCUGCGGUAAAACAAUCACAAAAGUAAAAAAAUACAAAGUAAUUCUAAUUUCAUGAAGAAUCAAAAGCCAAUUCCAAGAAAUGUGGGGCAGCUGUGAGCUAAUCUGUCAUAAUCUAACAUAAGCUUGUUUGUUUGUAGGUUUUAGGAUUAUCGUCGUGUUAGGAUUUCACUGUAACAAAAAAAGUAAAAGUUAGUCGAUUAAUUCUUUAUAUUCUGAGAAACAGAUGUUAAGGAAAUGAAGAUAAUAUUCUUUGUUUGUCAGAAAGUGUUUUUGUUUCUUUCUAAAAACUGCAGUUCCUUGAGUGUCCACUUGUGGCAGCAUUUUCAUGAUCUGAUUUAAAAACGAACAGGUGACGUCACUGAAACUUCAUAAAACAUGACUCAGGUCAGGAUUUAACUCAGUGAUGAAAUCCAGCUCCAGGUUUUGUUUUCAAGGCCCUCAUGGUUCCGUCUCCUGGUUUUAGAGAUCAGGGUUUUACACACGAGUCUCCUGAGCGAUGUUAUCAACCCUCAAAAAGAGUCGUGAUCUUUGCUUUCUCAGAUUUGACCUCCGGGUGAGACGUGGUGAGGGGAUUUGGGGCUGAUGACCUCAGAGCGUCUAAAAUCCUUCGCCGUCAGUCUCUUAGAGGACUUUUGUUUCAUAUUGACGGAUGUAACAGACGAUAAAUCACAGCUCUGUUCGGUUUCCUGCUGCGGGAUCAUGAUCUGGUUUGUCCCCUCCAGUGAAACAGAAAAAACAGUGCCAGAGUAUUUACUGAUUUACCGUCCUCUUCCAGAUCGUUUAUUACAGAGCUUUAUUUGAAAUUGGAGAUAUUUGCUGACCUGCUUUUAAGUGGUGUGUGUCUGUUUUCGACUGUAUAUCACAUAAAACAAAAGCAGUCAUUUAAAAUAUCACAGAACCUCCAGAUGUCGCGGAAAAACCCAGAUAUCAUCUCAACAGCUCGCCACCGCAGGACUGCGCCGUUCAACAGAUGAACAAAACACAUUUUUGAUUUGCCACGCGACGCCAACAGUUGCUGCGCUCGACGCUGCUGUAGAGUAAACGCUUGUCUGCUCUGAAAUCAUUUCCAUAACAGUGAAAAUCAAAGAUCUGAGCCUCAGUUUGAGAGUCUGCUGUAAAGUUCGUGUUUGACCUGAGAGCCCAGAGAGGGUCAUCACCUUCUCGGUCAAACCGUCCCCCAGUUGGUUCUGGUUCAGCGGGCUGUACUGUACUAAAGAGAAGUCUGAAACUGAGGGCAGAACCUGGUCUCGGGUCUGAUGAAGUGUUUUCCCCUCUCUGCUCCUGAGCUGAGGAGAUUGAGAGUGACAGUUGCGUGGGGGUCGAGCUGGCAUUGUUCUCUCUGCCAUCCUCCGCUGGGACGAUCGGCAGCAGGUGCUGCUGUCCGUUGGGUGUGGGGUCACACAGUGGUGUUGUUUUGGGAAAAGGGGGCUGCCUUGCUGCCAGGUGGCAGUUGUUGGCAGAGACAGUUAUGGCUUUGUGUUUCCUCCAAGAGUUACAGCAUCAGCUGCCCCCUUUUGCCCCUCUAAGCGUCAACCCCCCCCCCAUACCCCGACCUAAUGGCCCUCACCCCAUGCUCUAACCCCUGCUUCCCCCCUGAGCAUGUGUGUGUUCACCAGAGCUCUGGCUGUGUUCGCAGGCCCAGGCCAAUCAGACUGGCUAGCACAGAUGUGACAGGCCUAGAGGAAUGUGAGGAAUGCGGAGGCGCUGGAGCGGGCGUGUCCAUCCUUGGCCCAGGGCAGAAGGGGACGGGCCAGCUCGGUAUCGGCAGACAGUUCAGCUCUGCUGUGCUGGCUGACCGCCGGGCCGACUGGUUGGAGGGAGACGGUGAGCGCUGCUGCGAGCCCGCUGGAGAUGGGCUGCAGUACUUUUAUGGUAAUUGCAGUAACCGGGGCUUUCUGCAGGCCAAGCGCUGAAGAGUGUGUGAGAAACAGGGCUUGUUUCUCCUGUCAUUAUGUGUCUGGACACUCCAAAGGCUGUUAAAGCUCUUAGACACACUGUCUAUUGUCUGUGUGUCUGUGUGUGUUUGGGUAAAAGCAGGCCAAUCUUGACCAGUUUUUGUUGAUGUAAAUUACUGUCAGCAAAUUUUUUACAGUUUAAGUCAUUAUUCAUAAUCACAGGGUGGUCCGGCCUCUUCUCCUGGCCCACUUUGUAGCCACAGAAACCCAGUAAACAUGACUUGGCAAAGAAAAGAAGUGAAUAAGACUGGACCAGUUCUUCCUCCAGACAACAUAAUCAUGCUUUUUUAUUUUUUCCUCUUAAUUCUCAAAGACCAACAAAGGUGCACUUUGCUGACAAAGCACAGCUUGUUAAGUCUCCGAGAUGUAAAGAGGACUACGACGGCCCAGAAUAGACGUCAGCUCUCUGCACAACCUGUUUGUGCAGAAUGUCGAGAGUGGAUGUUAUGUCAUGAAAAACAUGGUUCUGUUUUCUUAGCCGUCUGUAAUUAGGUUUCAGGGCCAUGUGAGCAGACAGUAAGAAGGUGUGAAGCAGACUAAUGAGGACUAAAAAGAGGAGAAAAUAUUCAACCCUUUAAUGAACGAAGAUCUGAAAUCAGGAGGAGUCAUUUUUAAGAACAGUGUCUUUGAGGAAAUAGAGGUGUUAUUAUGACCUUUGACCUGUGACAGAAGUGUGUUGACCCUGGUCUGUGGAGCUCUGGGAAAGGUCACACUGUUGCUCUUUAACAAAGGUAUGAUGUGUAUUGAAGGUAUGACGACAGUGCCACCUGCUGUUCAAGAGAGGGUAUCAUCCUCACUAGAAUCUUCUGACCUCUUUUGGAGUAUUUUCAGUUUUAUUCAUGACCUUUCUUUCUUUCUUUCUUCUUUCUGUGUGUUUUCUUGCAGGUCGUAAUGAAUUGAUAGCGAGGUACAUCAAGCUGAGGACGGGAAAAACCCGCACAAGAAAACAGGUACAAGCUUCGAAGUUCAAGACUGGAUCUGAAAUAAUUUUGCACGAUUUAUUUACUGACAGUAGACGACAUUAAAAAUAAAAAUUGUGCCAAUUAAACGCCAUCACCCCUGCAGGUCAGCAUGAGAAUUACGAGUCAUCUAAACAGAUAAUUUAAAACAUUUUGACCCAAAGAUGUUGUGUCUAAGUUAUAGUGCAGCCGCCACCGUAAAUUGGGAACAAAAUGAAAACUCCCAUUAUACUAAAACACUCUGCACAGAUCUGGUUCGGCAGUGUUUUAAUCGAGCAAAUAGAGAAAAUAACGUACGAAAAAAAGAGAAGUUUGCACACUAAAUGCCCUUGAACGUCUUUUAAUCUGAGCAGGACAGUGUUCAGACCAGCAGGAGAUCUGGGCGUCAGACAAAAUCCUUCCUCCAGUCCUCUGUCCUGAAAAAAAAUCCAUGUAAUAUUCUGACUUUUCCGCUUUUGUAAGAUUUUUAAUGGUCGAGCACCUGAAAAAGAGUUCAUAGGUUUGGUGUGCUCGUUGUUUUUCUGUUUAAAUUGAGUUUUAAUGAAGAAAUUGGAGACAAAGUUAUAUUUAGGCUGUGUCUGAUUAACCUGCGACAGGCAUGUGGAUGUUAAAGAGAGCUGAAGGCUGGUGGUGCUAGCUCUGCUACUGUUAGACAUCUUCUGGAAACCAACUUGAUGAUUUUUAUUCUCAAAGUCAGUGAAUUUGUGUCCAGCAGUGAUAAAUAAACUGACCAGCAGAUUGGAGAAACAUCAUGAAAAACAGUUGAAGUCUAGAGAACAUUUUUAUUUGAAAUGAUGUAAAAGAUUACGGUACUUAUUGUUUGGGUCUUUAAAUAGUUUUUCCUCACGUUGGUUGUCAGGUCAGAAACUACAGUGUGUCGACAGCCCUUGAAGGAGCAAAUUCAUAUAAACAAACAGCUGCAAACUUUUACAUUUUAUUUCAGCAAACAUUCAAAAAGCUCCUCUAACUGGAUCAGUAGUUAUAUAUUUGAUUUUUACACUUUUUUAAUUUUUAGACAGAUACCAUCACACUGUGGUCACACAAACAUAACAUGUUUUUGGUGUUUAACAUUGCUGGUUUUAUUUUUAUUCAUGGGAUGUAGAAAAAAUUUAUGGGAAAUAUCUAUUAAUUAGGGCUGGAACUCGAUUAAAAAGAUUAAUUUAAUUAAUCAGAGGCUUUCUAAUUUAUUAAUCCCAUAUGAAUAUUCGACCAGUGAAUGGAUCAGUGCUUUUUUUAUGCGUUAAAGUGCAGAUAUUUUAGUAAUGAACGACACAGAAUCAAUUUCAGAGGUUCAGGUCGCCUAUAAAGAACCUUCUGGAAUCACUGCUGCUCUGACUCACACUGGGGUGCUCCGGUAUGAGCGAUAUACCUGAAACUCGUGCAGUGAGAAACGUUGCGCAGUGCAAAAAUACAGUAGGUGCGAUUAAUCUGUGUUAAUAUUUUUAAUAAGAUAAUAUUACUGAAAUCGAUUAAUCGCAAUGAACACGUCAAAGUCCCAGCUCUUCCUUUAAUCUGUUAAUGUUGUUUGUUUGUUGAUUUUUUAAACUUGUUGGUUUAUCUCUGAGUGAACGUCUUCAUGUUCCUGCACUCUUAUGCGUGUUUGUGAGCCUGUAUCUGAGUGCAUGCUGUUGUUUUUAUGCUCAACAACUGUUUCACACUCCUUUAGGUGUCUAGUCACAUACAGGUGUUAGCCCGGAAGAAAGUGCGUGAAUACCAGGCGGGUAUAAAGGUAGGUGCCACCAGCCUGCUUGCGGGCGACACUGACUGGGCGUCUCUUUCCUCUUUGGUUACGGCUUCUCUCUUUCUUUCCUUGUCUUUUCUCUCCCUGUCUCCUUUUCCUCUUCCCUCCUCUUGGCUAUUCUUCUGUGCAGGUUUCUAGCCACUUGCAGGUUCUCGCCCGGAGAAAAUCUCGCGAGAUCCAGUCAAAGCUAAAGGUAUGCGCUUCACGGCGGGCUCGGCGGGGCUGGUCAAGGCUUGGCUUUGCACUAACCAGCUAAUCUGUGCUCAGAAUUAUCCAUUUAUUCUCUGAUCGUAGAAGAGUUCAUGCUUAUGCGGAUGUCAGCUUGGCAAUUGAGUUACAUUGAUCCAUGAGAAAUCAGAUAAUACCAUCAAGAGUUCUCUGAGAAGUUCAUCCUGCUGUUGCAGCGUGCAUGCAGUGCUCGAGUAAAACAGAUUUCUGCAGGUCAGGGCUGCUUUAACUGUGAGGCUAACAACAUUACUCCAAAGAGAGAGCGUACAGCAGCUGAAUCUAAAGCUUCAUCUUUCUAGGUUUGCCUCAGGACUCUGUCAAAUGAAUGUGAAAUGAGCUGCAUGUCUCUCCAGCUCUGUUUCUGCCCUCUGUUCCAGUCCAGCUUCUGCAGCUCUCUGAACCUCCUCAGACUCUUCCUGUCCUUAAACUCUCUCUCUGAAACUCUGAGACCUUCAGCUCCUCUAAUGUGUCUGUCUGUGAUCAUGUGAUUAUCAAAAACACUUCACUUUGACGCCUUUGGACCGAUAUUUUUGUUCUUUGAACAUCUCUCUACUCUCUUUCAUUAUUGUUUAAACACACUGAGUGAAGACAUCCUGUCGUGUUCACGUCGUCUUAAAUUAACUCUAAAUUUAUCAAAUAUAUUCACUCUCAGAUCGAUCUGUGGGCUUCAGCAACCACAACUAACUCGAAUCAUUUUACACUAAACUGAUGAACUUGAUUUAAAGAUGCAGUGUCUCGUAUUAAACAGCAUCAAACAGAGCAGACCUGGUCGGACUGGACUGUAAUUUCAUGUUUAAAUCAGCUGGGAUGGAUAAGAAGCUCCUCUGACACACGAUAAAUCUCAUCCUUCACUUAUUUGGUUUUCAUCAUCAAAAUUAUGUUUCAAUACAAAUCCAACAACCACUCUCUUCUUCUUUGGCCUCCAUCAGGUGACUUUGGAGCACCAGUGAUAUCAGAUGCUCCUCACUGGAUACAGAAACAUUUUAAUAGUUUAUCCAUUUGGUGCUACAGUCGGGCUGCAUGAUAAAUUGGUUUUUAAACCGUAAUCAGAUUAUAAAAAAAUUAAAAUCCUCAAAUCAGUUUUCCUCUCUAUCACGUCUCGCGCCUCCAGGCCACCGUAGGCUCCCCCAGUUCCCACACACUCCAGUGUAAACAAACAUGGCGUUUGCUAAAGAAGGCGAUAAUUUCGUGGUUAAAUAGGACAAGAGCGAGUCAGUCGUGUUGAAUUGGUACGACUUAACAGUUUCAGAUGAAGAGUAAACCACUCCCAGCUGCAAAGUCUGUCUGAAGGCGGUAUCAACCCGUCACCACGGAAACAAAGUCAGGAGUAAACGCUAAAGUUUUUCGUGGUAUCGGCGUUUCAGGUGACUGUAAACGGUACUUUUUGAAAACGGGUCAGAGAGUGAAUAAAUCUGUAAACGACGACCAUUUCGUCUCCGUGUGGAUGUCUAUCUGCAUCUCUGGAAACGAUCAUGUGACACACAGCGUAACUCUUUUAUGGCGCCUGAGCGUGUCCGACCAAAACAACCUUUAAACACACGCUCUGUGUAAAAAUCUGGAUUUUAUUUUUGGCCAACAUGGUGCAGCCCUACGCUACAGUAACAACAUCCCCUCAGAAGGAGACCUUCUCCUUUGCAGAUCUGAAAGUUCACUAAAUCAUGUUUACACUUAAAUCUGAAUAUACUGAAUUUUAAUCAAACUUAUCCCAUGUCAGUUAUGUCUGUUCUGAUAAAUUCUGCCAAAAAAUACAAACUGCACCUUUAAAACCGAUCAAAGAAAUCUUGUUUUUCUUUUUAAGUGUAAAAAAAUGAGAAAAAUGUAAACAACUCACAAAGCAAGACGGCCAUCUUUGCUUGUCCUUCCACGUUCACAUAGUGGCGUCAAAAAUGUCUGUUUUUGAACUUAGCAUCAUUUGUAUUUAAGUAUUUUAUUUGUACCGUAUAUUAUGACUUAUUCUCAUAUCAGCAUAUCAAACGUGAUAUUAAUUUGUGCCCAAAAGACAGUGAGCUGGAAAAUGAUAUGAAAUAGGAGUCGACUGAUAUUAUCUGCUUCAGAGCCGAUACUGAUAUUUAGUGGAUUAUGAGACGAGUAUCUGAUGUGUAGAACCAAUAUGCACUGACAGUAAAGUAAAAAUAGUCCUGAAUAUUAAAAACUCCAACACAAACUCUGUCCAUCUUCUAGCCAAUCAGAUCUCGCCGUGUGUUUAUUUACCCUGAUAUUCAGCUCAGGCCGAUAUUCAGUCUGAUUUUCUGGGCUUUAUAUUUGAGGUGGUGACUUCUUUUCUCCUCUUUAGAUAAUUGAUAUUUCUUUCUUCAAUUCUUCCUGUAGUCACUUUUCUUUUUAUGCAACUAUCUGUAUUUUGUCUCACAACAUCACACAACACGACUCAUUGAAGCGAGCGUUUUCUGUCAGCUGAACAAACAUGAAGUUAUGGUGUGAUUGCUGAAAUAACACCAGCUGCUUAUUUGAAGUGAUUUUUUAAAAGCAGAGUGAAAGUAAGGACAAAAAAGAGCAAGAAACUCCACUUUUAAAAGAAACACAUUAUUUUGGGACACUUUGAUAGAAGUAAAUAUUACAUUUGUACCUGGAGGAUCAGCUGUUCGUACCGUAGUCCACUCACACCGUGGAAGCAGCAGCCUGAAUAAAAUGAAGUGCAUUCAAACUUGAUGUUACUCAACACUUCAUUUCUCUAAACCGUCACUCAGAACUAAUGCUGUCUCUCUUUCUCGAUUCAGGCCAUGAAUUUGGUAAGUGCAUCUGACUUGUGCAAUAUGCUUCCCCCCCCCCCCCCCUUUGUUUGGCAGUACCAGCGCACUGUCCCCUUUGCUACGGCCCUCUGCUGGCAUGGCGACCCGCCUCAUUGCUAUCCCUUAGAGAAGCAAUGCUUAGAAACAGCCGAGCUUUGAUGCUCACAGUUCUGCUGCUGCUGCUGCUGCUGCUGCUGCUGCUGCGCCUCCUGCCUGAUGUCGAGUCAUAAUCCCCUCAGCCUCUGCUCAAAGCCAAAGUCUUGCUUGCUUUGUCCAAGGUGUCGCUCUGUGAUUCGGGGUCUCACUUUUCCUUUUAUUGCAAAGUCUUAGCUUGAGCAGCUUCAUUGCUUUUGUUUUUACUUGCACACGUUAAAAUAAAAGUAUUUUAAAUAAAGUUUAGAGUUAAGGUGAACUGGACUGAAGCUUGGAUUUGAAUCGGCUUGUGCCAGAAUUGAUCAAACGUAUUCAUGUUUAAUGCAACAAAAAUAUAUUGAGUAUGUAAACUCAGUGCACUCUCUGUCUUCUCUGUUUCCUGUGGUGAUCCUGAUAACAAACUGAUCUUUUUGUGACCUGAGCUUCAGUGUCUUUCCUUCUCUUUGCUUUUAUCAAGCUGCUUUUCACUUGGUCUGAAUUGUGAUGAUGUUUUUAAAGUCAUUUGAACUGUUAACUCAUUGGAAACUCUAAAAAGAUGUUUUAUAGAUCAUUACAAAACUUUAAUUCAGGAGUGGUUAAUACUUUCCGUGCUGCUACAUGUGAAAAAAAUAGUUGUAGUGUGGACGUCUUCAACUUCCACUCAGCUCUAGUAAAGCUGUAGAUUCACUGUUUGGGUUCUGCUGCCACCUUGUGGUUGACGCAGGUCAUCUCUCUGUUUGCUUCUGCAGGAUCAGGCGUCUAAAGACAAAGCCUUGCAGAACAUGGCAGCGCUGUCGUCUGCACAGAUCGUCUCCCCGAGUAUGAUCAAAAAUCAUCUGCCACCGCUGCCUCCUGCCCCCUACCAACCACCCAGAGUGAGUCCACUUCCUGUCAGAUGUCUCAAUGAGUCAAGAUUUGGUCAUCUGUCGAGACUUCAACGAUGUUUUCUUACUUUACAGUUCUGGCCGGCUAUCCCAGGACAGCCUGGACCCUCUCAGGAGUAUGUAAACGUCUUUUCACAACCUGCUUAUUGUUUGUAGGGUCAUCAGUGUUCCUCUGCAACCCUGAUCCACAAAAAAGUUUGGACAGUGUGUAAAAUGUUGAUGCAGUCAGAUUUGGACGAUUUGCAAGUUAUUUAGAUUCUAUAUUUCAAUUGAAAAUAUGACAAAAAAAAACAAACCUUAUGUUAAAACCAUAUUUCACUUCGCCUCAGUCCAUCUUAGAAGGACCCAGGCCCACAUUAGGACAAACUAAUACAAGACAUAACUACUUGUAUAGUUUUUUAUUUUUUUUUAUUUCAGUUUUAACAUCUUUGAGGAUUCCAAGGACAACUUGUGCGAGCAAUUAAAGGUCCCGGCUCUUGUCCGUAUAGACAGGCUUCAUUCAGUGAUUGAAGCAAUGAUGAUUAGAUCACUCUAGCUUACACAGUUUGUAUAUAACUUUAUCUCGCUGAGCAUUUUUUCCAUCUGCCAUGUCCUCCCAAAAUCCGAGGAACUUCCAAACGGAGCUUCUAAAGUUCGUUGGAGUCCAGACCACUCUCUCCGAGUUUGGCUACGAACAUCACGCCAUCUCUCUCUGCACGUGCCACGGACAGUUUUUGUCGAGUCCUUUGACCUGUCCCUGACCUAUCAUUACAGUGCGCUCACUCUCAAAGCAGUGAUGUUUUUUGUUUUUCUUUGUUUUUCUCCCACUCAGUUUUUCACGCUGUUUAUUUAAUAUUUUAAUAUUAAUUUUCACUUUUGAUUCCCGUUUUUCAAAAAUAUUCAAAUACAUAAUCGAAUUUAGAAUAUUCGUUGACAGCCCUGAUUUUGAGCCGCCAUUUUUGUUCUGAAAUCGUUAAACUUUUUACUCACACAGUCUCUUACAGAGUGGAGAACACUUUCUCAUCUUUAUUUCUGAGAGACUCUCUGUGGGGUUUCUUUUUUACUCCAAGGUUACAAAUCAGCCGAACUAGUGGAGAUGCUACUUAAAGUCGUAUUCAAGCAUUACACAACCUUCUCAGUGUUUUGUUGUGUAUUAAUUUUUAUAAAACAAAACUGUUGGAAUUUUUUUUUCACUUGUAAUUAGAUGUUGGGUUGAAAUGAUCUUCAAACUGUCCAAAUCUGUUUUUAAUCGACAUUUCACAGCAUCUUAUUUUAGAGGAAUCGUUGUUGUAGUCCCCGGAGAGAGAGAGAGAGAGAGAUUGUUAAUAAAGAAGUGAGACUAAACUCAUAUGUGACUGAUUGAAGUAACGGGGGUUAGGUCUGAUGUCAGGUGGGUACUGCAGGGCAUGCUUAACGGAUCACAUUUUUGCACACUAGGAUGGCUCUAGAUCUCAACCCGGGAAGGAGUCCUGGGUUUGGCCGCACCAGCCAUGCGUAAGUUCCCCGUAGCCGAAGUCCAUCUGUGAGCACAGAGCAGCACUAACUCUUCUUCCUCACUGUAUUUUUGUCCUGUUUGUUCCCGCACUGAUGUAAACCACCACCAGGCAAAUUAACUGCUUCAGAUUUGAACAAAAAAAAAAAAAACAGGGAAGAAAAAAAAAUCCCUAAAAUUAAAAUUUGGAUUAAAAAAAAAAACUUCUAAUCUGUUUACUUUGAAUCAGAGAAAUUGAUGCAAUUUUGCGUCUUAAAGAAGCAAUGAAGCAGGUGGACUUACGCCUAGCUGGUGCAAAAACACAUGCUGAUGUUUGACACUAAUGGAUUUUCACAAUAAAAGUCUUUGAUUAGAAAUGAAGAUGUAUAAAAAAAAACUAAUGUGUAACACAAACAUCUGAUUCUGGUCCUGUGUUGUCGACAUCAUGGCCUCACUCAGUCCUUCAUUGUCUUUCAGUAUCAAACCUUUUGCACAGCCUCCGUACUCAAGCCUAUCAGGUCCUGUGCCACAACCCAUAUCAAGUGAGUACAGAUGUGAGAGAGAGCAUGAGAGGAGGACCCUGGAAAAUUAAAGCCACAUCGUACGCAUGUUUAUAUUGUUGUGUUUGUGUGUGUCUGUAUGAAGCAGGUUAUGAGCCUUUAGCACCUCCUCCUCCACCGACUGCGACCGCGGUGCCCGUGUGGCAGGACCGGACGAUCGCCUCCUCGAAGCUGCGGAUGUUGGAGUACUCGGCCUUCAUGGAGGUGCAGAGAGACCCAGACAACGUAAGUGAAGAUAUGAGUGUGUUCACCACAGAGUCCAGGAGGCGCACCAUCAGAAUUUUUAGUUCCAGUACUCUUUACUCAUAUUUACUUUAGCUGCAGAUGUUUUUGACGUUCCUUCUUUGUCUCUUUUGUCUCUGCAGUACAGCAAACACCUGUUUGUCCACAUUGGACAGACGAACCCCUCCUACAGCGACCCCCUCCUCGAGGCCGUCGACAUCCGGCAGAUCUACGACAAGUUCCCUGAGAAGAAGGGCGGGCUUAAAGAGCUCUACGAGAAAGGCCCUCAGAACGCUUUCUUCUUAGUCAAAUUCUGGGUGGGUUUCAGUUCUCAUUAUGUGCUGCUGUCUUUAAAUGACCGAGUUUAUGCUGAAAGUGUUCAACCUUAUUUAUGUGCAACCUGCUAAGAUCAUCGUAUGGAGUAUUAUUUGUUAUUUCUGCAUUAUUAGUGUACAAGUAUGUGAAAAAACGAGGCAGAAAAAGUAAAGUUUUCUGUUUACUUGAAAACUUGUGCAGAGAGUCUUCCACUUUAGAUCUGCAGGAUGACUAAAUUCAGGUUUUCUCACGACACAGCAGAAGUGGUUUUCUUAUCAGGGUUGAAGAUGUUAUCUGGAGAUCACAUGAGGGCCUUUCAGAGUCGGUUCCUGCAUCCUGUAAACGCCACCAUCUCUGUCAGUCUGCUGCACACAUUUACCGCCUUAAACUUCCAGUCUCAAGUUGCACAAAAACACAAAACCACUUCAGAUGCGGCCUCUUAACUCACGUGUUUGGCCCUCUAACGUAAUGAUCGUCACAAUCUGAGUUUUUUUUUUUUUGCUCUCUGCAGGCGGACUUGAACAGCAGCGGCAUGCAGGACGGCCCCGGUUCCUUCUACGGCGUCAGCAGCCAGUACAGCAGCCUGGAGAACAUGACCAUCACUGUUUCAACCAAAGUCUGCUCGUUUGGAAAGCAGGUGGUCGAGAAAGUCGAGGUAAGUUCAUGCACUGUUAAACCGUUUUCUCUUGAACACUCGAUAUACAGUUUCUCACCACUGAGGCGUGUCAUCCUACGUGUUAUAGACGGAGUACGCACGCCUGGAGGGAGGGAAGUGUGUUUACAGGAUCCACCGGUCUCCGAUGUGCGAAUACAUGAUCAACUUUAUCCACAAACUCAAACACUUGCCUGAAAAAUAUAUGAUGAACAGUGUUCUUGAAAACUUCACGAUCCUGCAGGUAACAAACACUGAAUUAAAAUGACUUUAGCUUUAAAGGGAAAAAAACUUUCUCGUUGACACUCUUCUCUUUCUCCUCAGGUGGUGACGAACCGGGACACCCAGGAGACGUUGCUCUGUAUAGCGUUUGUUUUUGAGGUUUCCACAAGUGAACAUGGAGCUCAGUACCACGUCUACAGACUAGUUAAAGACUAA